CUCAGUCGGAAAACAUGUUGUGAUAGCAAAGUAGUGAUAACAAACAAUUUUGAAUUUUGAAAAAGAAUUUUGAGUCGAAGGUGAUUUUAUGAUUUAUGAUUAAAUAACUGUACGUGUUUUUAAACUUCAGUCCAUUUUUUUGAUUUGACUACCAUACGAACAUUUCGUGAAAUACUCGGUCCUCGAAGAGAUUCCAGCUCGUAAAACGAUUCGGUUGAAAAUUCAAGGUUUCACGUAAAUCCUUCUAUCAUAGACGUACUAAUUUCUAGCGAAUGAUUUAUAUUAAAAAACUAAUGCAGCUUUGAAGUGAAACUUUCGAAGCUUGGUAGGAUUCAAUGAUCUUACAUUUUACCUGAUGAGUGGAGUCUUUUUUCUCCAAAUAAUUCAAACUUCAAUAAUUUGCAUCUUAGCAACUGAAUAGAUUGUUCGAAGUAACGUUUUGUAAAACGCAGAAGUUGAGAUUCUAUUUUGUUGGGUUGCUUUACAAUUUCGUAUGUUUUCAAGAAUGACUUCAAACAGUUCGAUGAAGAUGCUCUUUCGGAUGUAAAUGCUCAUUAAAGAAUAAUUUCGCGCAGGGUUUCUCAAAGUUCUAAUCUUUAAACAGUACUCCAGUACUUCAUAGAAUUUUUUCGUAGAAAGCAGCUGCAUCAUUCGAGUUUCAAGAUGUUUCCCAUCUUAAGAGGUCGUGCUCAUCUCUCGAAGAAAUUAUAUUUAAUCUAUAGCGGUAGAGUCACGAAAACACUGCCCAAUUUACAAAGUUAUGUUGAUUUUUCCAAAAACAUUUCUCACGCACAAAAAGGUGGCAGCUCGCGAGAUCAUUGUGAUUCUUCAAAGCAGGUGCUUCAUACUUAUAAUGAUAUUUUAAAACCAGUAUCUUUCAGUUUUCCAACCCAUCCCAAUUUUUCUCAAAAAUCGCGAUACAAUCACACAAAAAGCGAAACGAAGCUAUUUUCUACUUAUCAAAAACACUACGAUUUUUCAAAAAAGUUGUCUUCCGCAAGCAAAGAUGAGAUGGAUCAGAUAAGCACUCUGGUUGAAGAAUGGACAAAGCGUUACGAUUAUUUGGGCAAUCUCGAUGCCUAUGUUUUCUGCGGUACUUUGAAUACUCUAUCAAGAUUUAAUGUUUUUGACAAGAAAUGGAGUAAGAAAGAUCAAGAAAACUUCAAAGAAUUGAUUGUUAAGAUAGUAAUAAACGCGAAUCAAUUAUUUGACACGAAUCGUCAAUCUGCUUAUAAAUUAAAACCGUGGCAAAUCGCAAAUACCUUGAACUCACUGUCCGGUUGGAAUGUGUUAAGAAAAGAUAUCUGGAACGUUACCAUUCAAGUGUACGGUAAAGAAGUAAGCGAAGUCCAGCUGUUCAAAUCGCUCAUCGUUAAACUAAUCCAUCAGGGAAACAGUUUACUAGAUCCUAGAAACAAAACAGUCGAUCACUUUGAUUUUCAUGCUGUAGCCAACAGCUUGAAUGCUUUGUCCAAAUGGCACAAGAAUGAGUUGCAAGGAGCAAGCGAGUUCAUUGUUCAAUUAAUGAAACAAGGUUGUGCGGCGGCUAGUGGAUUCGCUUCUACGCAACAUCAUACGGAAGAUGAAAAACAUACUUGUAUGGGAGUCGUAAAAACCUUGAAAGCUAUGUCUAAAUUGCACAGCGAGGAAUUACAAGGAUCUAGAGAGUUUGUCACUCAAGUACUUGUGAAAGGAACUUCACUCGCUAAUAAGUUCAACUCUAUAGAAAUCGCCAACUGUCUAAACGCCUUAUCGAAAUGGAACAUUAAUGAUUUUCCAGAAGCCAGAGGGUUCAUCGUUCUGCUGAUCAAACGAGGGAAUGCAAUUAUCGAUCAAUUUAGCUGUCAAGGAAUCUCCAAUUGUUUGAACGCUUUGUCCAAAUGGAAUAUCAACGAAUUACAAGGCUCUAAGGAAUUCAUAUCUGGGUUAGUUAAACGUGGAAGUGCUACGGCCAAAGGAUUCCAUGCUCAAGAAGUUUCCAAUAGUUUGAACGCGGUGUCCAAGUGGAAUAUCGAUGAAAUACAAGGAACUCGGAAAUUUAUUGUCGAGUUGGCAGAAUGCGGAAAUCUAACAAUCGAUAUGUUUAAUUCGCAAGAAAUUUCCAAUGCUUUGAACGCCUUUUCGAAAUGGAACAUCGAUGACUUCAAAGGCGCUAGAAAAUUCAUCAAUAAGCUAAUUGAACGAGGAAGUUCUACGAUCGAUGGAUUUGGUUCUCAGGCAAUUGCCAACAGCUUGAACGCUCUUUCGAAAUGGAAUAUCGAAGAGUUUCGAGAAUGCAAAGAGUUCAUCACCAAUUUAGUUCAACGAGGCAGCGCAACAACAGGUGCAUAUCGUUCUCAAGAGAUAGCCAGCUGCUUGAACGCUUUAUCCAAGUGGAAAAUAGACGAGUUGCCUGGAACUACAGAAUUCAUUGUUCAGUUAUUAAAACAAGGCAGUUCUACGGCUUUUGAAUUCGACUCUCAAGGGAUCUCAAAUUGUCUAAACGCUGUAUCCAAGUGGGAUAUCAACCAGUUUCGAGGAUCUAAAGAUUUCAUUGUUCAGUUACUCAAAAAAGGUAUUACAAAGAGCGGUGAAUCUAAACCUCAACAUAUAGCUACGAGUCUGAAUGCUUUAUCUAAAUGGAAAAUAGACGACGAAUUACCCGGAGCUAGAGAAUUCAUAGUCAAGUUGAUACAAGAAGGGAGCUCGACAGUGGACAGAUUCGAUUCUCAGAAUAUUGCCAACAGUUUAAAUGCGUUGUCCAAAUGGAGUAUAAACGAAUUCGAAGGAAGCAGGGAGUUCAUUAUGCAGCUCGUGAAACGUGGAAAUUCAACAAUCGAUUCGUUUGAUUCUCAAGCCACCUCGAAUUGUUUAAACGCUCUUUCUAAAUGGAAAAUCAACGAAUUCGAAGGAUCAAACGAGUUCAUCGUGGAGCUGAUAAGACGUGGAAAUUUACUCGUCGACGAAUUCGAUCCUGUGGAAAUUGCAGGCAGCCUGAAUGGUCUGUCGAAAUGGAACAUCGAUGAUUUUCAAGGUGCUAGAGUGUUCAUCGAUCUAUUAAUUGAACGAGGUUGUUCAACAGUUAACGAAUUCCAACCUCAACAAAUCGCCAGCAGUCUGAAUGCCUUUUCUAAAUGGAAUAUAAAUGAAUUCCGAGAAGCUAGAGAAUUUAUUGUUCGAUUAAUAAAGCGAGGGCAUUCAACAGUCGACAAGUUCAAUUCUCAAAGCCUCGCUAAUAGUUUAAAUUCCCUAUCCAAUUGGAAAAUCGACGAAUUCGAAGGAUCAAAAGAGUUUAUCAUGGAGCUGAUAAGAUGUGGAAAUUUACUCGUCGACGAAUUCGAUCCUCCAGAAAUAGCAAGCAAUCUGAAUUGUCUGUCGAAAUGGAACAUCAGCGAUUCUCAGGAAGCUACAAUGUUCAUGGAUCUAUUAGUUAAACGAAAACGAGAUUCUUAACAAAUCACGAAUUCCAACCUCAAGAAAUCGUCGACAGUCUGAAUGUCUUGUUCAAUUAGGUAGAAUAUUGAUGAAUUUCGAGGAACUAAAAAAUUUAUUGUCCGAUUAAUUGAACGUAUGGGGGGGGGGGGGGGGUAAAAUUGAAAUAUGAAACAUAUUUUAAAUGUCUAAAAAUGAAGAAUUGUUUCUGUUCUGUUCGAAUAGUUCUUAAUCGCCUGUGUUUUAUUUUUAUAGUGUAUGUAUGUACUUUGUAAAUAUGUAAUUUUCAAAUGUUCGUUUUGUUAUGUUUUUUUUUAAAUUUUUUUUUUUUUUAUUUCUGAAAAUCUUGUUUGAGUACCUACUUAGUAAUGUGGAGAAAUGCAGAUCUUUUAGUUUGAAGAAAUAUUGGAUUCAAAGAAGUAUUAUGACUGGGUAGCAUUGUCUAGGUAUAUUUUAGUUUUUAAGCUGUGAUUUAGGUUCGAAAAUUCCUUUGGUAAAACGUGUUACUUUUUGAUUUUAAAGGAAUUGCUAUUUAAAACUAAAAUAUCAAACACAUGUAAAAUGUACAAAAAUUAAGGUUUCUUCUGUGAUUUUCAUAGCGUACCUACUUGUAUAUUAUGUAAUAUAAAUUUCAGAACUUUGUAUUUUGUUUCUAUUCAUUCAAUUGUUCGUUUCAUUAUCUUCUUUUUUUUUAUUGUUUUGCAUUUUCCGGAUGUAAUUUUCAAUAAAUCGAUUAAGAUCGGAA